AGAGGGUCUCCCACGUCGUCGUCGCCCGCUCCCGGGCGACGACGACUUUCGAGCGGAUCCCAUCAGGCCACCAUUUCUUCCCUCCCGUCACGGAUCAAGCGGCGGCCGCUCCCACCGCGCCCAUGGCGGCCGCCACCUCCGCCUCCACCACCGGCGGCGAGGCGCGAUUGAUGGACCUCUGCAUCGACGCGGCGGCACGCAGCGCUGCCACCGUGGAGGCCUGGCGCCGGCAGCGCCGCUCGCUGGAGCGCCUCCCAGCCCAGCUGGCCGACGCGCUGCUCCGACGCCUCGUCGCGCGCCGCCUCCUCUUCCCCUCCCUCCUCGAGGUGUUCCAGCGGUCGGUGGAGGAAGUCGACCUCAGCGGCUACGUCGCCGUAAACGCCGAGUGGCUGGCUUACCUCGGCUCGUUCCGGUACCUCAGAAUCCUCAAGCUGGCGGACUGCAAGAACCUCACCAAUUCCGCCGUCUGGGCGCUCUCCGGAAUGAAUUCAUUGAAGGAGUUGGACUUGUCAAGGUGCGCGAAGAUCUCUGAUGCUGGCAUCAAACAUAUAGUGUCCAUUGAAAGCUUGGAGAAGCUGCACUUAUCUGAGACUGGGUUGACUGACAAUGGAGUCAUGGCCAUUUCUUCACUAACCAAUCUAUAUUUUCUGGAUUUGGGGGGAAUUCGUAUGACAGAUAAAGCUCUACAGUCUUUACAGGUAUUGACACGACUUGAGCAUCUUGAUAUAUGGGGUAGUGAAACUACAAAUGAAGGAGCUUCUGUCCUGAAAGCCUUUACAAGAUUGAGAUUCUUGAAUCUUUCGUGGACACGUGUCAAUCGUUUACCAAUUCCUCUGACCACACGGUGUCUAAAUAUGAGCAACUGCAGAAUUCAUUCUAUCUGUGAUGGGGAUCCUGAAGUUCAUGUUCCUCUAGAAAACUUUAUUGUCUCUGCAGCUUCAUUUAGCAAUAUCGAUCAAGUAUUUUCUAGCAUCCAAGCAAGCUCACUGUCAUACUUGAACAUGUCUGGUUGUUGUUUAAGCAACUUGUUUUUCAUGGAAAAGAUGAACAAUCUGGAGCAUUUGGACCUUAGCUUCUGCAGAAUAACUGAUGAUGCAAUUGAACAUGUUGCGAAAGUUGGAACAAACUUGAAAUAUUUGAGCCUCAAGAAUACUGGAAUAACUUCUCAGGCACUAUGUGUUCUGGCAGGGACAGUUCCAAACCUCACUUCACUGUCUUUAGCUCAUACAAAAAUUGAUGAUUCUGCUCUAGCAUAUAUUGGCAUGAUGCCUUUGCUGAAAAUGAUAGAUUUAAGUCAGACAAGUAUCAAAGGGUUUUCUCAUACUGAAGUAAAUGCUGCUAAAAUGUUGUCUUUGUCUGUGCUUGAGGACCUCAAAUACCUGGAGAACUUAAAUCUGGAGGAUACACCGCUAUCAGCUGAAGUUAUACCUCCUUUGGCAUCGUUUGCAGCAUUGAAAUAUUUGUACCUGAAAAGUGAUUUCUUGUCUGAUCCUGCCUUGUAUGCCCUGUCUUCUGCCUCUAAUUUGAUACAUCUUGGAUUCUGUGGGAAUAUAUUGUCCAGCUCUGGACUUUUACAAUUUGUACCCCCUGCCACGCUAUGUGUGUUGGAUUUAAGUGGCUGUUGGAUCUUAACAGGAGAUGCUAUUUCAGCAUUCUGUAGGCAUCAUCCUAUGAUUGAAGUGAGGCAUGAGCUCAUGCAGGAACUUAAGGCAAAUCAUGUUGGUAUUUCCGAACUGCAUAAACCUAGGCAAUCUCAACAAGUAAAAGCAAAAGUUGUGAACAGUUUCGCUGGCCCAAGUAGUAGGCUUCCUAAUAUCUGCUUUGUAGAUGAAAGGAUAAAAUACAGCAAGGAGGAAUUGAUGGAGCUGCAAGGCCUUGCUAAAUCAAAUUCAGUAAUGAAUGUUGUGCUGCUUCCACCAGAACUGCAAAGGCUCAAAUGAUACGAAGUUUUUGUUGGACUUUAAUUUCUUAUGCACUUACUGCAAGCUUGUGAUUUGCCAUAGAUCAAUUAUUUUUGGACGUGACAAAUUUUUGAAAGGGGAGCAUCAAGCAUGUGACAACUGGGAGUUAGCUCAAACAUACGGUAACAUCGGCGGAAAAGAUGGCAGUUGCUUGUCUCUCCCUCUACUGCAAAUAUGCCUCAGAAAUAGACUGCACAUUUUGAGUGCUCUUAUGAUCCUGAUGAAUGUUCAGUUAGAACUAGGUUGGCCAUUUGUAUUGGGUUUUCAGCUGUGACAAUGAAUCCAAAUGGUUGAUGCUUUCUGACUUGUUUCUAUUUUAUCAUCUUCAAUGUGUUGUACGGAUUUGCCAUUUGGUCAUGUUCAACCUUUAUAUGGUCCUCUGGCCUUUGGGCGCUUUGUAACUGAAGGAAGUUCACUAUGGUGUACCAUGGUCCAUGUAAACAUUUUCAUGGAUGUAUCUCUCUCUCAGCCAUUCUGUUCCUUUUUGUGGAAAAUCGAAGUUCAAUGAAAUAAUACCUGAUUCAACUA